AUGAGGCUCAAAGUGCUUGGAUGCCUUUUGGCAUUCCUGCCAUCACUUCUUCAUGCCCAGGAUGACGAACUAAUCUACGAGAAUCCCACAGACGAGCACCCACUUGUAGCGUGGUACUUUGGAGUCAAUGAGAAGGAACACGAACGGCGUGUAAAAGACCUCAAAGCAAAAGACUUUAGACCAAUGUCGCUAAGCGCCUAUGGAAACCCAGGGGAGACCCGAUACGCUAUGACUUGGAUCAACGAUGGGACAGUCGUUCAUGGCUGGCAGAUGGCAUGGGGUUUCAAUCUACAGAAAUUCAACAAAUGGGUGAAGGAAUGGGAGUCGCAAGGAUUAAGAAUGACCGCAGUCAGUGCAAAUGGUCCUGCAGAUAGUGCUGAGUUCCACGGUAUCAUGGUCGAGGAUCCCCAUGUGAUCAAAUGGGGACACGAUUGCGACAUCAGGGACAUUGACGCGUACAUGGCCAACAAGGACAGCAACGGUCUGGCAAGAGUUGUCAGCUUCCGCAUGUAUGGAGAACCUGAUGACAGGAGAUACUGUGUCGUCCUCCACGAGAACGAAAGCCACGAGCGUUGGGCAUUGGAACAUACCAAAGAAGGCCUCAUGCCAGAUCAGAGCUGGUCAUCCACAUUCAACUACCCACACUCAUCACGACAGUUCCUUCGACCUGCCAAGCUCUUCAUGUCCGACGACGGCGUCAUCACACCUCUGGUAACUGAUAUGAGUACAGGAGGUUGGUCAGCCACAAUCCGCCUUAAUAACACCGAGUUGUCCAAAAUGAUCAAAACGCAAAGCGCCCAGUGGUUUAUGCCGGUGGAUAUUCAGGGCGGAUCAGGUCUAGGCAAGACACAAUAUAAUGCCGUUUUCGUUGAACGCAUGAGAUACCUGCCUCGCAAGUGGAAGGCAAAAGGAGAGGUUAACUCGUUCAGGAACAACAAACAAGCUAAAGAGGAGCUGGACAAGAUUAUGAAGAAUUUCAUGAAGGACAACGGCAUUCGGCAGGCCCAGGUAGCUAUCGGAGCAAGGGGUCAUGUCAUGGCUGAGCGAAGUUAUACAUGGGCCGAAACGACUUAUGGCACGGUAUCGCGCAACGAUAAAUUCUUGCUCGGAGGCGUGAGCAAGAUGUUCUUAUAUCCAGCUGUUAAAUGGUGUGUUGAUAACGAGCUCUUCGACUACGAUACACCCGUCUACGAGCUGCUGGGUUACCACAAACCCUUCGACAGGCGAGCAGUGGAUAUCACUAUCCAGCAUCUUCUCGACCACACAGCAGGCUACGACCGAAAUGCGUCUGGAGAAGCCGCCUUCCAAUUCCGUGAAGCUGCAAUGCAGUCACCAUCCAAGGGCAAAAGGCCUGCCACUCUCGACGAUCUGAUCAAGUACAAGCUUAAGAAGAAGCUUGAUUACAACCCAGGCGAGCGCAUGGUCCACUCCCAUUACGGCUCAAUGCUCCUUGGCCAUGUAAUAGCAAACCUCACGGAAAUGCCCUACGUCGAGUUUCUGGAGAAGCAUAUCCUCGAUGACCUCGACGUAGAUGUAUUCGCGACCGAUGUUAAUGCGCACCUCAAGGAUAAGAUUCACCCAGAUGGCCUGCAGGUUGGUGUUGAUGCUCGUUUUCCUGCAGACAAGCAACACGUUCCUGGAGUAUAUGGAGGAGAUGGCGCCAUCAAAGAAGAAUGCGCCGCUGCAUUUUCCCUCCGUGCAAGCGCCAGCACUCUUGUCAAGUUCGCUGGUAGACAUUCUGUCGCAAGAAUGGGUCACCGAAGAUCUGGAUACCGCAGAGGCGGAGUGGAAGGCGGCUAUGCUCUCGUCGAGAGUUACGGUGAAGACUUUGACUGGGCUGUAGUCUUUAACACAAGGGAGUUUGCCUCCAAAGAUGCAGUUCUAGGCCUGGUUGACAAGAUGCACAAGUUCAUGGAUAUUACACUUUCGGAAAAGAGAUAUGGUCCACACAAGCUUGAGUGCAAUCCCGGCGACAGAAUGCUCAAAGAGGACUAUCCUGGGCUUGCUGGGCUUACCUCUGGGAUGACCCCUGAAGAUUUGAAACAUCUUCCUGAUUGUACGAAGGAGCAAUUGGAUAAGAUGUUAGGCAGUGAGAAGGGAUCGAGACGAGGGACAUAG